AUGAAAGCUCAAGCUGACGACAAUAAUGAGGAGAACUGUGUUGACAAACAACUGAGGGCUGAUAUCGCUGAAGCUGUCAAGGAUGCUGAGGAUUCUUGCCAGGGACACGUCAAUGCGCUCGCUAGCAAACUGAAUCGUCCUGGAUGGGCCAUGAACUGUGUUACUCGAUCGACCGGGGGUUUCUCUAUUGGCUUCUUCUCGAGGGACGAGAACUUCUGCCGCUACGAUACCGUCAAGGGUGGAAAGGUCUACACUCUCACUCUGGCGAAACUCGACGAGUCGGAGCCGCAGCCAGCGCCAGAGGAGUGA